AUGUAUCAAGAUGAUGGAUCGUCAUCUGUAACAUCAUCACCUCUCCAAUUUUUCUCCAUGAUUUCACUUUCACCUAGCAUGGGAUCACCAUAUCCCUGGGUUAAAGAGCUAAAAUCAGAGGAGAGGGGUUUGUAUUUGAUCCAUCUAUUGCUCACUUGUGCAAACCAUGUUGCCUCCGGUAGCCUUGAAAAUGCAGAGAUUGCCCUUGGUCAAAUCUCCCAUCUAGCCUCUCCUGAUGGUGAUACCAUGCAGCGCAUUGCUGCUUACUUUGCUGAGGCGCUUGCUGGUAGGAUUGUCAAAGCCUGGCCUGGUAUCGACAGGGCCCUCAAUGCUACUCAAAUAACUAUGGUUUCUGAGGAAAUCCUAGUUCGCAAACUGUUUUAUGAGAUGUUUCCGUUCUUGAAAGUGGCUUUAGUGCUUACGAAUCAAGCUAUAAUUGAAGCCAUGGAAGGGGAGAAGAUGGUUCAUGUAAUUGAUCUUCACGCAGCCGAACCUGCUCAGUGGAUUGCGCUUCUUCAAGCUUUAAGCGCGAGGCCUGAGGGACCACCCCAUCUGAGAAUCACAGGGAUUCAUCAGCAUAAAGAGGUAUUAGAUCAAAUGGCUCAUAAGCUAAUUGAAGAAGCAGAAAAGUUGGAUAUCCCAUUUCAGUUCAAUCCCAUUGUUAGCAAAUUAGAGAAUCUUGAUAUAGAGAAAUUGCGUGUUAAAACGGGGGAGGCUCUAGCUAUCAGUUCAGUUCUUCAAUUGCAUUCUUUUUUGGCCUCUGAUGAUGAAUUGAGGAAGAAAUCUCCACCGACGUUGAAGAAUUCAAAUGGAAUUAACUUGCAAAGAGUCCUUCAAAUGAAUCCAAGCACAUUAGGGGAGUUGCUUGAGAAAGAUACGGCUAAUGGAUAUAGCCCAAGUCCUGACUCCGCCUCGUCAUCACCUCUAUCUUCAACUGCUUCAGUGAAGAUGGAUUACUUCCUUAACUCCCUUUGGGGUUUAUCACCCAAGCUGAUGGUGAUAACGGAACAAGAUUCUAACCACAAUGGAUCAACUCUUAUGGAGAGGCUAUUGGAAGCUCUAUACUCAUAUGCCGCUUUAUUUGAUUGUUUGGAAUCUAAUGUAUCUAGAACAUCAAUGGAAAGAUUGAAGGUGGAGAAAAUGCUUUUCGGAGAGGAAAUAAAGAACAUUAUAGCAUGCGAGGGAGCUGCAAGGAAGGAAAGACAUGAAAAACUCGAGAAGUGGAUCCAAAGGCUUGAUUUGGCUGGGUUUGGAAAUGCGUCUUUGAGCUACUAUGGUAUGUUGCAGGCAAGAAGGUUGUUGCAAGGUUAUGGUUGCGAUGGGUAUAGAAUGAUAGAAGAAAAUGGAAGUGUAGUGAUAUGCUGGCAAGAUCGACCUCUUUUUUCAGUUUCAGCAUGGAGGUGUAGGAAGUAA